AUGGCCAAGUACACUACAGGGGCAGACAGGCUCGACCUGAUGGAGACGACGCUGAGGGGCCGCCACCUGGCGCCGACCGCGCCCGACACGCUGACCUGCUACCCCUUUGCGGACGACGACCCCUUUGUGCUGGAGGCCUGCCCCCACGCCUACGUGGCGGGCAACCAGCCCGAGUUUUCGACGCGGCUCAUAAGCGGGGAAGACGGCCAGUCAGUGCGGCUAAUCGCUGUGCCCCCCUUCGGCUCCACCGGCGCCCUGGUGCUGCUCAACCUGAGGACCCUGCAGUGCCAGCUCAUGAAUUUCGGGACCUACCGGCCGCCUGGGGGUGGCUAG